AUCCACCGUUCGCGGGGUGCAGUGAAGGACGACCAGGCUGACCAACAGGAUUGCCGUAUCUUGAGUGCUAAAAUAUAUCGUAGGACUGACAACUCAGAAGUGCAUACACACUCUGCGAAUGUGGCAAUUUGACAGCGCAUAUGUUCGAGCCUCAUUUUUGAAGUCUAUGAUAAAUGGAGCUGUCUAAACGGGCCUUUUGAGUUAGAAGCAAGUGUCGCGUUGAGGCUAGUACAACAUGUCAAUCAGCGACAACUCCACCCUCGGCGUGUCGCAUGAGCAAGAUGGGAUGGGUGAAUGCUUGCAUGGUUUUGGAGACCUGGCCAUUAGCGCGGAAGAGAAGUCCCCCUAUGCCUCUACACACAUAGCUGUGCUGGAAGUAGGACCCGAAGCAGUUCGCUUUUUAGUCCACGAGAGCGUUUUGAGCCGAAGCGAAGUGCUUGCAAGGUCCUACAACCCAUCUUUCAUCAAGCAAUCUGUACCCCUACCGGAGCUCGACCUAGCAACUGCGCAUACUCUAGUACAUUAUCUGUACACCGGUAAAUACCAGACACUUAGCGUACAUGCGGGCUCGGACAAGAUCAUUCCAGAAAGCUAUAAGCUUAGUGUAUGCGUGUAUUGCGCUGCCGUACGCUACGGGCUACCAGGCCUCGCAGAGCUUGCACAGGGCAAGAUAAAAUCGUUUGGAGAAGAUGUGACCAUUUUCGACAUGCUUGCAGUAGCAAGACAACAUGCAUUUCCGUUGCUUCCCGAGGACGACGCGUGGUAUCCAGCGUAUAUUGAAGAUGCGCUUCGCAAUGCCGUGACGGACGACCCAAACCCGUUUCGAAAACCAGACUUUAUCACGACAGUUGAGGGUAGUAGCAGACUGUUGCAGCUCGUCUGGAAGACAAUGAUGAGCAACUACGUUCCAAAGCCGGCGACGCCGACAUCGACGCCCACAGUCAAGGCUGACAGUGUCGCUGCUCGUACACCUGAGCUUGUCCCUGACAUUUCUGAGUCGCAUGGGAAUGUAGGCUCUGCAAUUGCUAUCGAAAGUGAGGACGCCAGUAACAGCAAACCAGAAGCUGUAGCAGAACCUCAUUCAAUCGUUGAAGAGCCUGACAAGAAUGCACUCGUUGUGGAGAGUGUCCAAGAUGUCUCUGGUGAAGUGGGAGCUACAGCGUCCAACCCACAAUUCCUUGCUAUGCCCGAGUCGUUCACGGAUGACCAGGAAUUUGUGACCAGCAUGAAAUGGCAGCAGAUGCACAAGAAAGCAGAGCAAGAAGCGCCAAUCACCGUGUCUCCAAAGGAAGAGCCGAAGAUGACCAGUCUUGUUCGUACCGACUCUGUGACACAGCUUGAGCAGAUGGCGGGCGCAUCUAAUCUCAAGACUACAGCUGGAAACGAUGCGAGUGCCGAAACUGGGCAGGCAUCAGCUAGUGCAAGUGAAGUGGUACCCGUGAAAAAAGGCAAAAAGGUAAAAAAGAUGAAAAGCGCAAAGAAAUCGGCUGCUCAGGCUGAGCCGGUGGUAGCAAGUGCAGCGUAGGAGGAUUUCCGUGGUAGUAUGCAUCUACUACUAGAAUGGUUCUUGAGUAGAUAGCGCGUACAG